AUGGAAAAACUGGAAACCCAGGCAGAUGUUAACAAACAAAAUGUGGCAACAGCCUCAUGGACCCUGGAUAAACUGACAGGACGAGGGAAAUAUGCUACUGAGAGCAAGCAGCAGGCGCUGCCUGUUGGGCUCCUUAAUCAGCUUGCCCAAGCCGCACUGGCCACCUGGCGCGCCAUCCCCCCUCCUAACUCAGUGGGAACUUCCCUUUCUAAGAUCAUACAGGGCACAAAUGAGCCUUAUGCUCAAUUUGUGGGUAGGCUCUUGGAAGCCGCAGAAAGGAUCCUAGGAGAAAAUAGCACUGAUGAUGUGAUUGUGAAACAGCUUGCAUUUGAAAAUGCUAACUCUGCCUGCAAGGCUGCCUUAAGAGGAAAAAUGAAAACUAUUGACCUUAAUGGCAUGAUCAGGCUUUGCAAUGAUGUUGAUUCCUUUGAGCAUAAACUCUCAAAGUCCAUAAACCUAGCCACCCUCCACAAGCGUAUGGCAUGCCUAAACCGCCCAUGCCUGGGCUAUGCCCACGCUGUAAGCGAGGGCGUCAUUGGGUCAAGGAAUGUCGCUCCAAGUAUGAUGCCACUGGACAGCCCCUUCCUGCAGUUCAGGGAAACGGGCAAGGGGCCCCAUUACAGGGCCCCUACCCUCCUCCUCAACAGAUCCCUCAGGCGCAGACUGGGCCUUACAACCCGUUCAUCAAUCCUCGUCCAGCCCAAGCCUUUGCAGAGCAACAGCAGGGAGCGUAGGAUUGGACCUCUGUUCCUCCUCCACCCGGAUUGUAACACCAGAGGAAGGGACAGUCAUUUUGGAUACCGGGAUCCAUGGUCCUCCACCCCCAGAAACGUCCACCUUCAGACCUGCUGCAGAAACCCUGGACAAGAUGGAUACUCAGAAAUGCAUGAAAUACUCUUCGGAGGCAUAGAUCCGCUAUACGGAGCUCUUGUUAUAUCCUUGAUGUUCUUGAUUGUUCUUUUCUGUUGCUUCUGUCUUCGCUGCCAUAAGCCAGGUCAGGAAUGCACAUGUAGAUUCCGCUUUAAAGCCUGAUGAAAUACAUUAUCACCGCCUGAUGACUGAAGAAGUGCUUGAUGAUCAGACCUGCAUCCCACAGCUCGCCAAGGAGGCGAGGGACAUUUCUGGCGGUCGAUCAGCGCCGUUGAACGCCCCCGCUGGCCGUCGGCCAGGGAGUCCCCUUCCUUCACCCAGGGACUAUGCCCAAGUCCAUCUGCUGAUUGGGGGACCUGGGGACAUCUCUGGGAGGAGAUCAGCGUCGGUGGAAUCGAGUUCUGCUGGUCCCCGAACGGAGAGCUCUCCUUCCUCUCCUCUACCCUUUUCCCAUUCCACUCUUAGAUUUACCCCUAGCCCAGGUCCAGGAUGGAAAUUUUGGAAAAAUUUUUAAAUUCGGCCUUGUUAGAUCUAUCCCCAUAGUGCCUUAGAUAUAUGUACCCCGUGAGAAGAAGGCUGGAAAGUCAAAGACAGAAGAAUUGUUUAAGCCUAGGCCCACCUAAGACAGGGCAAUCCCAGUGGGGAGGAUGACCCAAGGACGGGUAAAGGUCUAGCAUCGCUCUUCUAACAGGCUCAGACUCUCUCAUGUGUGGACCUUGAUGUCAGCCGCAGAGCUACAGAACCCCUAACACCGAGGCCUUGCACGCUGAGGGCUUGCUCCCAUUGCACCAGCUUAGGCUCGGAUCAAUUUUUGGGUCUGCUCUGGCUCUAAAAUCGUCGGUCCUGGACUGUAAGCUUCAGCACCUAGAUCCUAAAUUCAGAUUGGCUCAUUUAUAUAAAAGAGAGGGGGAGAUGUGAGGGACCAGGAGACCCCCAGGCCAGACAGACUGGCCCGUCUUGCAUCCUCUUUCCUAAGAACAGUAUGUUUCAGAAGAGCAUAGCUAAAAUAGAAUAGCAUGUGGUACAAAUUCUUUGGAAUGUCUUAACCGCAUGGCAUAACCGCGAGACGCUCUAUCAUAAUGAAAAUUGCUACUUCCUCUUUGACCUGGGACACAGUAACCCCCAUUCCCCUCUACCCUUACCCCUCCCUACCAAAACUGCCUUAUAAAAAUAAAAAUCUUGCCUGCAAUAAACGGAACC